UUUUUAGGGCCAAUAGAAUAGAACAAAUAAAUAGGGUUCCAAUUCUUUUUCCUUAUUAUUUCAUCCGAAUUUUUGUGCUUAAUAAACUUAGCGUAAAGGGAACGAGCUGUUUCUGUAGGAGCCAAAUCGAUCGAUCGAUCGAUCAAUCAAUCAAUCAUGCAGAUCUUUGUGAAAACCCUAACCGGAAAGACCAUCACCCUCGAAGUUGAGAGCAGCGAUACCAUUGACAAUGUCAAGGCCAAAAUUCAGGAUAAAGAAGGCAUACCUCCUGAUCAGCAGAGACUGAUUUUUGCUGGGAAACAAUUGGAAGAUGGUCGAACCCUGGCUGAUUACAACAUUCAGAAAGAAUCAACUCUUCAUCUUGUUCUGAGGCUCAGGGGAGGAACCAUGAUCAAGGUGAAGACUCUCACUGGAAAGGAAAUUGAGAUCGACAUUGAACCCACUGACACCAUUGAUCGUAUUAAGGAGCGUGUUGAGGAGAAAGAAGGAAUACCUCCUGUGCAGCAAAGGCUUAUAUACGCUGGAAAACAGCUAGCAGAUGACAAGACAGCUAAAGACUACAAUAUCGAAGGUGGUUCUGUUCUUCACCUUGUUCUUGCACUUAGGGGUGGCAGACUCUAGGUUGCACUUAACUUGGUGAAAACUUAGAUGUCCUGUCUUUAUUCCAUGAACUUGGGAUGAACAUUUCUUCUCUUCCCUUUUUUGGUGAUGUACGAUUGGAAUAAACAGGAAAAACUUGUGGUUGGUUGAACAUUUUGUGAUUGUCUGCACCUUAUGUUAAAUUCAGGUUUAAUUUGCUAAUAUGUAGUCUCUUUUUUUUCCCC